AUGGCAAUUAAAGGUGCAACCUGGGGACAAAGUAUUCCUUUGAGAUCAUGCCUUGAGGCCUUUCCAACAAAUUCAAAUCUCUUUAAGAAGAGAAUAGUUGAGAACCCCCUUUGUCCAAUCUGCAACUUGGAGGUAGAAGACUCAGCUCAUGCACUAUGGAGAUGUGAAUUAGCUAAAGAUGUUUGGAGCCAAUGUUCAAAAAGCUUACAGAAAUGUCAUCAACCUUACAUGGCUAUGCUCCAACUACUAGAAGUCUUAAUUCAGACCAUGGACAGUCGAAUCAUACAAGAAUUUGCAGUAGUGGCCAGAAAGAUAUGGUGGAGAAGAAACAAACUCAUUUUUGAAGGCUCAUUUGCACACCCGAAUGCUGUGGUGAGGGAAGCAAGAGGUAUAUUGGAUCUGUUAAUUGAAGAGGAAUCCAGACAGGAUCACGGGCAGGCUAAUACAUUAGAGGAGGAUUGGCAGGCUCCUCCAUCAAACUGGGUCAAGCUGAAUUGGGAUAGUGCAGUAGAUAAGGCAAAAGGAGUAAUUGGAGUGGGAGUAGCAGUUAGGGACAGUUUUGGUUAUACAAUUGCUACCAUGAGAACUAAUAAACAUCUCUUUCCCGAUCCACUACUAGCAGAGGCUUUUGGAGCACUUAAAGCAGUUUAG